CUUCAGUCUUCACUGGUGUGCAAACCACAACUAACAGCGACGUGCCACAAAUGGCAAACGUGUCAGAAUAGAGCACACACCAGACGGCUACAGCUAUGGGCAAGUCCCAGUCACACUUGGCCAAGCACAAAGACGAGAGUCAGGAUGCGCUGACGGCUGAUGGCGAAUACAGAGACAGUCAGACAGAGGAGGAUGGGAAGAAUGGAGACGUAUCUCAGUUCCCCUACGUGGAGUUCACUGGACGGGACAGCGUCACGUGUCCCACGUGUCAGGGCACCGGCAGAAUCCCACGAGGCCAAGAGAAUCAGCUUGUGGCUCUGAUUCCAUACAGCGACCAAAGGCUCAGGCCAAGCAGGACAAAGCUGUAUGUCACGAUAUCAGUGGCACUGUGCCUGCUGCUGUCUGGCCUCGCUGUUUUCUUCCUGUUCCCUCGCUCUAUCGAUGUCUCCUAUGUAGGAGUGAAGUCUGCCUACGUCUCCUAUGACCUGGACAAACGAAUCGUCUAUCUCAACAUUACAAGCACUCUGAACAUCACAAAUAAUAACUACUAUGCCAUAUCCGUGACCAACAUCACAGCCCAAGUACAGUUCUCCAAGACGGUGAUAGGCAAGACCAAGUUCAACAACAGCUCAGUGAUCAUACCACUGGAUGAACGGCAGAUUGACUACACAGUUCCCACCACCAUCGCUGAUGAGAUGAGUUAUAUGUUUGACUACUGCACCUUGCCAACCAUUAAAGUUCACAAUAUAGUGGUCAUGAUGCAGGUGACGGUGACAACGUCAUACUUCGGCCACACGGAGCAGGUCUCCCAGGAGAUGUACCAGUAUGUGGACUGUGGGGGUAACACCACCUCCCUGCAUGGGCAUAUGCAGGUUUACCAAUAAGGCAACCACAAGAGCCCAGGCAGCACAUAUUGUUCUCAUAGAGAUAACUGGGCUGGCUGUAGGAAAUCUUUCCCUCAGUCACAAGGGAAUAAUGGACAGGGACAUAACUUCUCUUAAUUAGUCAUAUGGCUCAUCCAUUCUUACAAUUCCCAAGCACUUUCUUCCUUUAGCAGGUCAAAUGUACUGUUUAGAAGAGUUAUUUUGGCUGGUUACUUGUCAAACAGGCUGGUAAAAGCAGACAAUCUUACCUGCCACAGCCAGAAUUUUGCAAGACUUGCCUCCAGGUUUGUAGUCAUUUUUCACCCUGGUGCCAACAAAGUAUACAGAUAUAUUUUAAUAUCCACAUCAUUGAUAUGCAUUCCAAUCAUGUUUACAAUUAACAACAACAAUUAAAUUACUGGAAGCAGCAGUUUCAGGUUUGAUUCAUUUUACCCCACUCCUGAUCUACCGAUAUGAAUAAGAAUAUUGUAUGAGUGCAACAGGAAUGAUGCGACUACUACUUCCCCCUAACAUUAUAUACCACUUUUAAUGGAAAAUACUACAACUAAAAGUGCGAGAAUAGUUUGACACAAUGAAAACCACUGUGCCGUUCCUUACCACUUCUUUCUGUCCUCUUUUCAUUCCUUCCUGCAACAGCCUCUUUAUUUUUAUUUCAUAAAAAUAUGAUUCUUGAUAUUGUAUGGUGGUGAUGUUUUAGCUCAUGUCGUUUUUUUCUUUUGGCUUUUGGCUUAUUUUCAGCUUGAGUAGAAGUCUUCUCUUAUGUUUAUCUACGAUUAAACUGAGUGAUUUAAAAGCAAAUGUGACUACUAUGAAGACUGUUACAGUGUAUAGCAAGUUACAAAAUAACUUUGUAAAAGGGAUAUUUUUAGUUUCAUAGCAAAUGCGGGAGAAUUACAGUGGGCUAUAAAAUAUAGAAAAGUGUAAAAUAUGUACUUUCCUUCUGGCUUGCUUUAAAACAUGUUAUAUCAAGAAUAAUUGCUGGUGUGGGAGCAGCUUUCUUAACUUUAAUGAGGUUGUCCUAUUUUUGUGGGCUGUGGUGUCAUUUGCAUUAAUGUGUUUGCUAUUUUAAUCCACUUUGCAUCUAUAACUUGUGUCAUGAGUUGACUGUUAUUCUUGAGUUUUGAAAUUAUGACUUCCUAUUGUCACUUUUUAUUGUUUGGUAUCAUUUCAACCCUUCUUGAUACCUGAUGACAGUGUUGAUGUGAAUAUUCUCUGUUACUGACUCUAGCAGUGUUGUGUUUUUCAUGCAUGAAGCUGAAAAUAAAAUCAUGACUCAUU